CAUUCCUCGCUCACUACUUGCCUCAAAUCUGCUAUUAGCCACUGCUAACCUAACAUUGGCCAGUCGUUUACCAAGAAUCGAGAAACACGCACGCGUGUGCUCCAUUCCGAUAUCAAUAUAACAUUAUUAUGAUCACAGCGGUAUUUUGUAAUUAGAAUUUCCGGCUUUUGCAAUUACAAUAAUUCUUUUAAGAUAAAUCGUUGAAUUAUAAAUUGUUUCAUAGACGUUAAAUUAUUGAACUCGCAACCUUAGCAAACGAUGAGUCCAUCGUUUAGUGAAUCCAAGUGUUAACAGUACUGAUAUUGUGCUCCAUUUAAAUAAAGAAAGUUUUGAAAAAUCCAUUGGUGAUGUCAGCUAUAACCAUGACGACGACGCUGACGAAUGGACACCAUAACGGGACGUACAAUGGGAAGCUGGAGACUAGUUUAAAUGGUUACCGGAAGAAUGGUUACGUCAAAUCAGUGCCAGAACCCUGCGGAUAUUCGCUGCAGUCCCCAGCGCCUUACAGCGACGACCCAAUCGCGAUAGCAGAGAGGGAUCGAUGCGCAUACGGACGCAUCCCCCGCGCGGCGGCGCUCGCCGGCACCGCCAGCCGCAGGGUGCGGGUGUACUCCGACGGCAUCUACGACAUGUUCCACCAGGGCCACGCCAGGCAGCUGCAACAAGCAAAGACUGUAUUCCCUAAUGUCUAUCUAAUUGUAGGAGUCUGCAGUGACAGACUAACACACAGCCGCAAAGGGAGAACGGUGAUGACCGAAGAUGAAAGGUACGAAGCCGUCCGGCAUUGCAGAUACGUCGACGAGGUGGUACGCGACGCGCCGUGGGAGUACGACGAGGAGUUCCUGGAGAAGCACAAGAUCGACUUCAUCGCGCACGACGACAUCCCCUACACCACGCAGGACUGCGAGGACACCUACGCCAUGAUCAAGGCCAAGGACAUGUUCGUCGCCACCGAGCGGACAGAGGGCGUGUCGACGUCGGACAUCGUGGCGCGCAUCGUGCGCGACUACGACAUCUACGUGCGGCGCAACCUGGCGCGCGGCUACUCCGCCAAGGAGCUCAACGUGUCCUUCCUCAAUGAGAAGAAGUUCCGUCUGCAGAACAAGAUGGACGAGCUCAAGGACAAAGGCAAGAAGGUGAUGACAAACAUAGGCGAGAAGAGGGUGGAUAUUCUGACAAAGUGGGAGGAGAAAUCUCGUGAGCUGAUCGACGCGUUCCUGCUGCUGUUCGGGCCGGACGGGCGCCUGUCCAACAUCUGGAACGAGUCCAAGGGUCGCCUCAUGCAGGCGCUCAGCCAGCCGCCCUCGCCCAGAGGUUCUCCCGCUCCUAGCGAAAACGGGGAUGACCCUGAACCCUUAAACAGAGGGUCAGCGUCACCGCCGCCGCCGAAGUCGCGAAGAUACGAAGAUCUGUGGGAUCAACAAGCAGAUGCAUCGAGCUCUGAGUGCCUUGGCGAGUCGCAAGAGGCCGCACAGCGCCAGCUGACGGACGACGGCUCCGACAGCGAUGAUGACUACCAGGACACCAGCCCCUACCUCUAGGCCCUUACCACUGUUGCAGUUGAUAGCAUCUGUAUUGGACAAUGGCGUAACGAUGGCGUGCGAACGGGGCCCUAACAGCAAAUGGAAUGGCUGGCUAAAUAAAGAGAAAAGUUACUGUUUAAAACUUAUCUCAUAACUUAUGAAGUAAUAUACGUCGCGCCAAAAAUUAGUACGCAAGCACGCACUUAGCGUGCAUACUGACGCGCACAUGUGAUCAUUUUUGUUCGAGGGCAAUUUUGUCUGAAUAAAUGAACUAUAACAUUAUAUUAAUGGAAUGUACUAUAGAGUACAAGAGUUAAACAAAUUGUCUUUGGACGUGGUAAAUUUACGUUUGUACAGAAUGUGGCCAUGUGUGCCGUUAAUUAACGAAUGUUCUGAGGUGGCUAUUUUUAAGCGCUCGACUUGUUAGAAUUUUUCCAGAUAUAUGGGCAUACUCUACUGUUUUAUCUUAUCAGAGCGAUUUCAAUACACCAUGAUGAACUAUUUGCUUAUAAAUGGUCAAUAUGCGUUAUCUAAUAUGAUAAACUAGUAGUUGUCUGAAUUUUAACGGCAAAUGUCCACAGCCAGAUGAAACCUGGGGUGGGAUACACGUGAAUAGAGGGAGGUUUAAGUUAGCUCUUUUCCAUUACCGACAAAGGUACCUCUUAGACUCUCAGAUGUUUUAUAGUCUGGGCCUAGAUUUUAGACUGUCGCUAAAUAUAGGAGUGAUAAGUUUUUGUAGUUUGGGCCCUUCAAAUCUGACGGUCUCGGAGCAUAUAGUUACGCCACUGUAUGGAAGUGUAUCAAAGUAUUUUAUACGAUGUACAACGUCCAUAUCACAUCGAAGUUCGAGACGCGUUCUCCAACGAGCAUUUCGUGAGUUCAGUGCAUCGAUUCUCUGUGACACACACUAUUCACUAAUGAAUUUUAUGGGACCUAAUAGUUAUCAAAAAAAUUGGAGCAGAAUCUUGGCUGAAGUGCCUUGACCAUGUCGUGAUAUAGAUGCUGGGGGCCUAUUACACUCUCAAUAUUAUCAAACAACACGCGAUAACGCGAUCCUGCAUCAAGUAAAUGAUGGUAUUACUAUAUCGCAACGUAACCUGAUGUUGAAAUUUUUCGAUACCAGAAUCCUAUACGGAAUUGACAGUAACAUGCCAGUUAAGACUAAAAAGAUGCAUACACAUAGGAAAGUCAUUGAAGAGUAGAAUCGAAAUGCGGGUAUGAGUACCUUUAGCUCCGUAAUUUUGACAUGUAGGUAUUUAAGUUUUAUAGACUACCCCUGAGUAGAUUGACUCAUCUAAGAAAUAUCUUCAAACAAUAACUGUCUAUCUUAAGACUCAAGAUUCUUAGUGUGAUAUAAUUUGAAGUCACAGAGAAUAGGUGUCACUGUUGAUGUAUUAAAUUAUUAAGUAAGAGUAUGAUGUUGCGGCUGAGCAUGUCUGUCUGUCUGUUUACAUGAAUGAAUGUAUUUAAUCCUAUUAGUUUUAGUCAUAUUAUUUAUAUUUUAUGUUUAUUGUAAAUUUCUCAUCUAAAAGGUAUGCAGGAUGCCUGCAGUUUUGUUAGCACCGAAAAUACUAGGUGCAGAAAGUAUUGAAGAUAUUAUUUGAAUAGUACUUUUUGACAGUUGAUUAAAGAGGUGCUUAAAA